AUGAGCGAGCGCUCGUAUCGCUCAGGGUCGGGGCCCGCGAGCGUCCGCGGGGGCGAUGGGAGCGAACGCUCGCGUCGCUCGGGAUCUGAGCGUGCGCCACCGGAGGGGGGCGGAUGGGGCGCGGUCCGCGAGAGCGUGGGCGUCCGCGCCAUCGACACGCGAUCCAGGCCCGAGCAGGCGCUCGAGGUGGCGAUACGCAUGGUGACCGCGCGCACCGAAGAGGACUUCCAGCGACGCGAGCUCGGGCAGCGGCACACCGCGGGCGGCGGCGGGGAGAUGACCGUCGAGGAGGCGGACGCCGCGGUCCUCCGUGAUCCCACCGCGCUCGCGGGCGCGUUGACCAACGUCGACCCCCAGGGCAACGUCCACGAGGACGAGGGUAAGAUCCGGGCAAUGUGCGACGAGGCGACGGCGUACGCGCUGGAGCAAAUCCCGGAGGAACCCGGCAAGUUCACCAACCCGGCGGCGGCGUUCAGGCACGCGCAGGAGACGGCGUACAUGAGGGAGACGCUCAAGAUCAAGGUGGUUGAGGCGAUACGGGAAAAGGCCAAGGACGAGUCGCGGCAAAUCAGGCGCCGCAUCCGGAUGGCUUCGGAGCGAACUAAACCGAGGGAGCGGAAGACGACGGGGCAGCUGCUGCAGGCGGCGUUCCUGACGUCGUUCGACAAAGGCAGCGCUUCUUUAGGGCUUCGGGUCAAGGGCGAGGGCGAGCAGAUGCAGUCGCUGCUCGCCGCGCCGGACCCUUACGACGACUCGUGCUUCGGCGUCGUAAACCGCGCGUUGUUUCAGGUGAAGAACAACACCCGGGUCAACGGACGGGUGCUGGAGUACCUGCUCGGGUACUCCUCGGUGAUUGACCCUGAGGACCUCGAGGAGAUCGAGGCUGGUUCGCAGGGGUUGACCGUGGCGCGGGGCAAGGGCAUGCGCGAGCUGGCGUUAAAGUACGCCUCUCACCUCGACAAGACGCUCCCGGAUCGCCACGUGAACGUCGUGUGCGACUUGGUUCGAAGAGCCGCGGAUGAGUACUCGCGGCACGAGCGCAUGGGGACGCGAGUCGAGGACGCGUACGUCAACCGCCCGAAAGAGGGGUGCGCGCAGGUGGUCAACACCAACAAAAACGCGUGGCUGCGGGUCAUGUUCCCGGACGCGCCGUGGCCGAAAGAGUCGGACCGGCGGGGCGGCACCGUCGAGGAUCGAUACGUCGCGGCGUUGACGCGGGGUCUCGACGCCGCGGCGGCGGACGCCGCGGACGGCUCGAACCCGAUGGACCCAACGAACGGCGGGUUCAACGACGGGGGUAUGGCGCGCGCGGAGAAGGUGCGGCUCAGCCGGAGCGGCGUGGCGGGUCUUCCCGGGGCGGUGAAUGCGGGGGCGGCACGCGCGGGGCGGAAACAAACGGCGGGUCUGGCGGGUGGACACGGGGCCCGCCACGGGGACGGGGGCCAUACCGGGGUGAUGGGGAUAUUCAACCCUCUGGUGACUGGUGGACACGGGGCUACGACCGCGGCGCCCGCGGGGAUGACAAAUCAGCGAUACGGACGACGGUGA